AUGAAUAUUGAUGAAACGGUCAAAGAUAACGACAAAAGUAAUACUUUAAAGACUUUUCCCAACGGAAAAUGUUUACUUGAUGGAGGUUUAAAUGGUUUAUAUGAAUUAAAAAUCAAGAAUUUCAUAGGAAAAGGCAAUUUUGGUGGAAUUUUUAAAGGUAGAAAUAUAUACACAAAUGAAAAAGUAGCCAUUAAAUUGGAACCUCUCAAGACUAAAUCAUUACAGUUGAUUUUUGAAAACUAUUUUUAUAAACUUCUCGGACGUUUUCAUGGAAUCGAAGGAUUUCCAGAAGUUUACUAUUUUGGCAACGUUGGUUUGGAAUUUUCAGCUUUAGUCAUGGAGAUGUUAGGUCCAUCAUUAGAAACCCUUUUUCAUUCAUGUGGAAAAAUCUUCACUUUAAAAACCGUAUUAAUGAUAGCUGUCCAACUAAUUUCUCGAAUUGAAUACGUCCAUAGUCGUAAUUUAGUUUAUAGAGAUAUUAAACCUGAAAAUUUUUUAAUUGGUCUACCAGAACAAUUAGUUCCUUACAAAAUAUCCACAGAACAAACAAUAUACCUGAUUGACUUUGGUUUAGCUAACGAAUACAUCAAUUCAGAUACAAGAUCACAUAUUUCUUGUAAUGAUAAUGUUGGACUUAUAGGAACGGCAAAGUUUAUGAGUAUUAACGCACAUAGACAAAUAGAACAAAGCCGCAGAGAUGAUUUAGAAUCUAUUGGGUACAUGCUACUAUAUUUUAUUAAAGGAAAGUUACCUUGGUCGGAAUAUGAAAGUGACGAUUUAGAUAAAGUGGAGAAAAUGAAAGGAAACAGAAUGCACAGAACACCACUGCUACACUUAUCUACAAUUACUGGAUUAUUAACAUAUACAGAUUUACCAAUAGGAGUUGUUGUAUUUUUGAACUUGGUGACGAUAUAUGAUGUCAAGAACUUUUAUUCAGAUGUUCAAAAGUUUUUAUCAUUAACGAAAUUAUACGAAAACAUUUAUAAUGUAGUCAUAAAUAUUAUCAUAAAACAAAAUUAAAUUUUGCAUUAAAUAUUAAAUAUACUACAUUACCAUAACUUAUUUUUUCUGUUAAACAUUCUUCAAACAGUGUUUACUUAAAUUUUACAUAGAAUAGGAAAAGUUAUAUUAAUUGGGAUUUUGCUAAUCACAAGUUUAACUAAAUUAAACAAAAAAGAAUGUUAACAUUUAUCAUUUUAUACUUAUUUAUUAUCAAAGACAAAAUGUUAUUAAAUUUAUUCUUCACUUCCAUCAACAUUUUCUGUACCUAACUUUUUAAAUGUUGGUACAUUAACCC